CCCGGUCAGAUAUAAAUACAGUGCCUAUUCCGGCAGUCCUGAGCUGCGAUACUGGAUCCAUGGAGUUGUGGGCGCCUGAUCUGUCCGGAUCCUCUCCUGCCCCUCCCUGCUUUAUCUUUUCCUGCCUCUUUUCUCUCUUGCCUUUGUUGAUCCCUUCUCUUUUCUUUCCUUCCUUCCUUUUCGUAUCUUCGUAAGACAGACCAACUCGAACACAUUCUUUCUAAAAUAAAAUAUUUUUCUGACUUUUUUCCUUGAUCCAAGCGAAAAUCACAAGAAAAAUCAACCAACUAUUUUACAUUCCUUCUAAUAACUGAAAACUAGGUCUCACUACCCUAAGUCCCCGACUAUCCUUAUUCGAAAAGUUUCACUUUCCGAAAAAAACUACAAAAAAGUUUCUACUUUACAUCCCAGAGUUUGCCAUUCAUUCCUUUACUUAGCACGUCUUAAACGAAAUGAAGUUCUCCCAAAGUUUAUCCCUUUUGGCUCUAUCCGCCCUCGCCAGCGCUGCUCCUGUUGCUGUGAACCACCAGCACCACAUGCACAAGAGAGACGAGUACGCCGCCCCAAGCACUUCUGCCUCCGGUCCAGCGCCAUCCUCCUCCGGGUCCUCUAGUGGAUCCUUUGAGGACGGUACCAUCCCAUGCUCGCAGUUCCCAUCUGUCGACGGUAUUGUUUCUGUCGACUGGAUCGGUCUUGGUGGUUGGGCCUCUGUCAUGGGCUUGGACGGCUCCACCUCCAACUCUUGUUCAGAGGGCUUCUACUGCUCCUACGCCUGUGAACCAGGUAUGUCCAAGACCCAGUGGCCUUCCAACCAGCCCUCCGAUGGUAGAACCGUCGGUGGUUUGCUAUGUAAAGGCGGUUUCCUUUACAAGUCCAACUCCGACGCAGACUCCUUGUGUCAAGCUGACCACUCCACCGGUUACGUCAAGUCCGAACUCUCCGACUCUGUUGCUCUCUGUAGAACAGACUACCCGGGUUCCGAAAACAUGGUUGUCCCAACCGAAUUGCAAGGUGGAGCCACCCAGCCUUUGUCCGUUGUCGACGAAGAUUCCUACUUCAAGUGGGGUGGUAAGAAGACCUCCUCCCAAUACUACGUCAACAACGCUGGUGUCAGUGUUGAAGACGGUUGUGUCUGGGGUACUUCCUCUGCUGGUGUCGGUAACUACGCCCCAAUUGUCAUUGGUGCCGGUUCCACUGGCGGCUUGACCUACUUGUCCUUGAUUCCAAACCCAAAUAACGGUAACGGCGCAAACUACAACAUCAAGAUCGAAGCCACUGAGGGCUCCAGUAUCAACGGUGAUUGUUACUACGAAAACGGAUCAUUCUCCUCUGCUGACGGGUGUACCGUCACUGUCACCUCUGGUUCGGCCAACGUCAUUUUCUAUUGAGCAGUUGCCAAUGCCAGUGAGUGAGUAAGGCGCUCGAUUGGUCGGUCGGUCACUCAGUCAACAAUCAUCAACUCGGCUUUGCUAAUUCAGACCCUUUUGGCUUCUUUCUUUCUUUCUUUUUCUUUUGUUUGCUUGUUCCUUCUUCCGUUUCACAAAUCUUUGUGGCAUCUUCGCCAUAGAUUUUCUGAAUUAAAAUUUCAUCUUAUUUUUGUUACUUUUGUUUGUUUUGGGGAAAAUUUUUUGUAUUUUGAUUGAUACCAUCCACCACGGCUCUUUGUGUAUAGAAAACAGUCAACCGAUCUCUCUACAACGUGCGGCAGCAUCGUGUCUCGUUCAACGACCACGCUCCGACGUCCGGAUUGUUUCUAGUGACUGAGUUAUAAACUCCAAUUUCAUGUCAUUUCACGACUCCACCUUC